UGUACGUUUGUUUGUGUAUUGUUUUAGAACGUUUUACUUUCCUUAUUAAUUCUAUGCAUAAAGAAAACGAUGGAACGAAAUAUAAGGAGGUCAUUUUGCGCCCCUACUUGGUUUCCAUGGAUACACCAUCAACACCAUCCUUCGUCACUGCUGUAGCGAAUGGCAAACUUUUUCUUCAUGUUUUGAUCCUUUGAUUGGACGUCUUUGUCACUGUUUGUCUAGUUGAAGAGACGAUAGCGAAUAUAAUAAUGGAGCCACGCAGUUACAAAGGAGAUCAGAAAAAUGGAAUAAUGGAAGGGACUGGUGAAUACACCUUUCCCACAGAGACUACAUACGUUGGUGAGAUGAAGGAUGGGAUGUUUCAUGGAAAAGGAGUGAUGCACUUUCCAAAUGGAAGUAAAUAUGAAACGACAUGGGAGAAAGGACUGGCUAAACAGGGGACUUUUACCUUUGCUGAUGGUCUGGUCUUCCAGGACAAUGACUGGGCUUACUGUGAUGGCUAUGACCGGCGUUUCUACAGCGAGAGAUGUAACGGGCUGAGACCUGCAGGAGAGUCUCAGCUAACUGAUUCGCACCCACCGCACGUCAUCCCAGAAGGGUGCUACGACUGUGGGGACGGUUUCUACUACCCCUCCAACCGCAUCGUGAAGACCUACACCGGUUACUUCCUCAGAACGGCCGACGACCGCGAGCACGAUUGGAUCGUUCGUACGUGUAGGAAAGCUUGGGAUGAGAUCGUUGGACACGAUGCGGACAUCUAGAACGAAAACAAAGACUUCUAAAGCACCUCGGUAUGUCACUGAAAGCAAAUGAACCUUUAAGCAGAAGAGGACCUUGGUGUUAUUGGUUUGUUGUCUUGCAGGUUUCUGUUUAAUAGUUGGUUGGAUUUUGCUAUAUUUUGAUCAAAAUAAAAAAAUGAGUAGGCCUAUGAAUUCUAAAAAAUGUAGCCUGCUUAACUGAGAGGCUGGUUAUACAGGGUUUUAUGUAAACCUAACCUUUGAAAGACAUGACCCACAAAGAGCCAAUCAGGGACAGGGAUUCUAAUUACUUCCUGUUUUAUAAAAAAAAAACUAGUGCUAGCCCUCUCACAC